UUUAUUUUGUGGUAUUUCAUCUCUUUUUCUCUCUCUCUCUAUCACUAACUAACUCAUCAACAAACGUCGUAAAUAAAAAAUGUUACAAAUUUGUCAUAAUAAAACUAUUCGAAAGUGAUAUAUUUGAAUGUGUCGAAUGUAUAAUUUAUUCGUGAUCAUCUUUAAACAAAAACAACAAAACAAAACAAAAAAAUGAAAUUCAACAUUAUGCCAUUUUCAAGAUCAAUAACAACAACAAGAUCAUGGCUACGAUAUGUUCAUCAUUUAUUCAUUCUAAUCAUUGGUUUUAUUAUUGGUGUACAAACAUCAGAAUUUUUAGUCAUACGACAAGAUCAAAAAGCACGUGAAAUACAUCGUUUAGAUUCAUUGAAUUUAUUAUCAUAUGUAACCAUUAUGAUCAUUAUUGUUUGUACCGUAUGGUUAUUCAAACAUAAACGUGUUCGAUUUUUGCAUGAUUUCUUUCAUGAAACUGGUCUGGCCAUUAUUUAUGGAUUAAUUGUUGGUGCAAUAAUUCGUUAUAGUGGUUCGGAUACAAAAGUUUCACAAUUAAGAGUCAGUCCAAAAGAUGAAACAGUGAAUUUAACUUCGGAUGCACCACCCGAUAUGUUAUGGAUAACAUUUGAUGUGCCGAAAUUUGUAUGGAAUUUACCACUUCAUUAUAAAAUAACCAUGAGUAAUGAAACCAGCUCGACUGAACAACGAUCAUAUGCAUAUGUAUUUAAAGGAGAAUUAUUCAAUCCAAAAACCGAUUCAACAAUGCCACAGAAUCAACAUUUCUCUGAAAAAGCAACAUUUGAUCCGGAAAUAUUUUUCAAUCUUAUAUUACCGGUUAUUGUAUUCAAUGCCGGAUAUUCGUUGAAGAAGAAAUCUUUCUUUCGAAAUUUAGGCGCCAUUAUUGUAUAUGCAUUUAUUGGAACGACAAUCUCAUGUUUUGUUGUCGGUCUAGUUCUUUAUAUGGUCAAAUAUUUGAUGCCAAUCACUAUGAAAGAAUUCAAUUUUACUGAUUGUCUUUAUUUUGGUGCUAUCAUUUCAGCUACUGAUCCUGUAACCGUUUUGGCUAUAUUUACCGAUCUACGUGUUGAUGUCAAAUUGAAUGCAUUAGUUUUUGGUGAAUCAAUUUUUAAUGAUGUUGUUUCUAUUGUAUUGGCCAGUUUGAUUGAAAAAUUCAAGGAACAUAUUUCAUCCGGAUUUUUCUUUGCAAUAUCAAAUGCUGCAACAUAUUUCUUAAACAUAUUCUUCUUUUCAUUGAUACAAGGUGCAUUUUUUGGUUGCAUUACAGCAUUGCUUACGAAACAUACACGUCUUUAUGAUCAUCCAUUAUUGGAAAGUUCACUAUUCUUAUUGAUGUCUUAUGCAAGUUUUCUUCUUGCUGAAGUUCUUGAAUUAUCUGGUAUUGUUUCCGUAUUAUUCUGUGGAAUAUGUCAAGCACAUUAUACGUAUAAUAAUUUAAGUCAAGAAUCAAGAAUACGAACAAAAUCAUUAUUUGCUAUGGCUAAUUUUAUUGCCGAAAAUUUUAUAUUUGCUUAUAUUGGUGUUUCAAUGUUUACAUUUCCACAACAUUUAUGGAACACAGGAUUCAUAUUGACCACAUUUGUUGCUAUAAUAAUAGGACGUGCUCUCAAUAUAUAUCCAUUGAGCUAUCUAUUGAAUUUAGGCCGUACGAACAAAAUUCCUACCGAAUUUCAACAUAUUCUAUUCUUUUCUGGCCUACGAGGUGCAAUGGCAUUCGCAUUGGCCAUUCGAAAUACAUUGACAGCACCACGUCGUUUAAUGUUGACGGCAACAUCGAUGAUUUCAAUAAUUUCAAUUAUAUUCUGUGGCUGUACCAUACAACCAUUAUUGCAUUAUUUUCAAAUAUCAACCAAUGUUGAUGAAUCUCAUCCUAAUGAUGAUGUUCAAGGAACAUCUAAUAGUCAACAACAACAACCAUCAUCACAAGGUUUUAAUGGUCUUCGUCAAAGAUCUGGAUCAUUUUCUAGUGAAUUGAUUACACCGACUGAUGAUAUAUCAAUUUCUAAUCAUAAUCAAAUAACAAAUAAUCGAAAUCAUAUGGAUCAUCAAAAUGCAUAUGAAAAAGCAUGGCUAGUACGUAAAUGGUAUAAUUUCGAUGUAAAUUUCAUGAAACCAUUAUUAACACAUUCACGGCCAUCAUUGAUGGAAACGAUGCCGCAAUUUUGUUUACCAAUAUCUCGUUUAUUAACAUCGACACAACAAUUAAAUGAUAAAGAUGAAUUUCUAGGAACUGAAACCACUCAUUCAGAUAAUCAAAAGAUGGAUAUAAUGUUUUUGAAUAAUGAAUUACAUCAGAAUCAUGAGGAAACAAAAUUAGAUCCAUAUUCACAACGAAGAAAUUAUUUUGAUUAUAAUCAAUUACAAAAUAACAACAAUAAUAAUAAUAAUAAUACGAGUAACGGUAACAACAAUAAUCUUUUUACUAAUAAUAAUUCUAUACCAACUACUACGACGGUAGCUGAAAUCAUUCCAAAAACAUUGAAUGUUCAACAAAAACAAUCACCAUCGUCGUCAUCAUCAUCAGCAACAACAAUGAAUAAAAAUCGAAAUAAAUCUCCCAUAAAUUCAACGAAUCGAAUUUCAUUCACAGAUUCUUCGGAUAAUGUUAUUGUGUCGUCAAUGGAAAUGACCAGUUCUUUGGUCACAACGACAACAACGUCAACAAGUGUUGUAUUGAAUCCAGAACCAUUAUUGAAACAUCUUCGAAAAUAAAUCACACACCUACACACACACACACACACACACACACACACACACACAAACCACAUACCAGACACAUAUAAAACGUACAUUUUUUUUAUUUAUUUAAAUUUUAUCAUUUAACCUU